GAUAAAACUGCGAUUAAUCACGCAAAAUGACUGCUAUUAAAUUAGAAGCAGACGAGUUACUGGCGUGUCGCAUUUGCCUGGCCACAGACUUGAAACUCUUCGGAAUUAUUGAGAGUAAACUGGAAGACUCAUUUGCCGAUAUUCUGGGUACUCCUGUGUCGUUGGGUGACGGGCUGCCCGACCGCGUGUGCGGUUCGUGCCGCACGGCAUUGCGGCGCAGCGCGGAGCUGCGCGCGCGCGCCCGCGCGGCUGUCGACGUGCUGCGGCGGCUGUUACUGCAACAGCAUUAUAUUACCACCGAUACCAUCCGUGCUAUCGACCGCACAUCGCUUCGUAUCGACGACAAGACUCACAUAGCCGACUACCCCACACAUACAGAAUACCCUGCAACUGGCUACUUUCAGGACUCAGUCAGUGACCAUGACGACAAAAGUGACGUAGAUUUAGUAGAAAAUACAAAUAUGGUAGAAACGACAGUGGUAGAUAAUGGUAGAAGCAUAGAGGAAAUAAAAAUAGUAGAAACGGAUGUGAUAGUAGAAAGUAGUAGGACAGAAGACGUUAAGAAAGAGAAGAGGAAAAGAAUUAAGAAUGAGAGAAAGAAAGUUGUUAAGGUAAAAGCGAAGCCGGAAGUGGAAUGGGUGGUGAAAAAGAAGCCGGUGAGGAAGAAGAAAGGUUUUAAGAGAUAUUUCAUGUGCGACGAGGAUUAUAUCAAGUUCGAGGAGAAGUAUAACAUACAGGUGAUACGAUUAUCAGAAGAGGAGCAGGCGGCCGAGAUGGCGGCGCGGCGACACGCAGACAGCUACAGGAACGCGCUGAUGCGCUGCGAGCGAUGCUGCAAGGGGUUCCUGUCCGCUUUUACCUAUGAGAACCAUCUGAAGGUCCACGAUCCGGUGAGUUUUGUUAUUGUCAGGUGA